AUGUCAACCUCCGGAACGGAAACAUAUGUCGAAGAAACCCAAAAGACAACCACUCUCGACGCAGCGACUGCUCAAGAACUAAUAUCCUCCUUCUUCCCCCUCGAAUGGGCAACAACAUCUGCCUCCUCCAUCUCUAUUCAAAAUAUCACCGGCGGCCUAGUCAAUACCCUCCACCUGGUCCGCCGCUCAUCUCCCUCCCUCCAUGAACCCCAAGCAAUCCUAAUCCGCCAUUUCGGCCACAUUUCCCAAAAUGAAGAUCCUCACGCCGAUGAUGUUUUGACUCUCUCAGCUGUAGACCAAGCUCUUGUAGCUUGUGAAAUGGGCCGCAGAGGAUGGGGUCCGAAAGUCCAUGGUAUUUUCCAGGGAGGCAGAUUAGAGGAGUGGAUUGAAGGAUCUCGUACAUUCCACCCCGAAGAUGUGCUGGGAGAUGUGGGAAGAGGGGUCGCGAGGGGGUAUGCGAGAUUUCAUUCGUUGGAGAUGCCGAUUAGGAGGGAUGGGUUUGAGAGGGUCGUCAAGGAAUUCCGCGAUGGGGUGAGAGGGAAACGGGAAAAAGUUCUUGAUGAGUUGAGGGCUGUUAAAGAUUCUAUGGGGUGGAAGUAUGCACUUUUGUUCGAGGAGAUGGAUUGGCUUGGGGAGUUGGCGUGGGUUGUGAGUCUUAUCGAACAGUUCAAGUGUAGGAAGACUUUGACGCAUGGGGAUUCGAAUCAUUUGAAUAUUCUGAUUUGGAGUUCCGCGCACAAGGAGGAUGCACUUGAUUCUGUUGUCUUGAUCGAUUAUGAAAUGGUCUCUUACUCCUAUCGAGGAAUCGAUAUUGGAGGCCACUUCAACGAACGCAUGUACUGCUAUACGCAACCCGAUACGCAACUCACUGGUUAUCCUCCUCCGAAUUCUGACGAGCAGAGAGGAUUCUGCGAGACUUAUAUACACGAGACGAGAGAGUUGAAGGGUAUGAUUGAGGAGGGAGAUACAGUGGAGCAGCUUCUCUUGGAAGCGAAGAUUGGGCAGUUGUGUCAUUUGCUGUUUACGAAUUUGAUGCUCACGGUCUUGGAUGAGGUGGAGAUUGAGCCUGUGUUUCUUGAGGGAAUGGUGCAUAUGAUGGAGACUUAUGGGCGGUUGAAAGAGGAGUUUAUUCGGGGUCGUAUGUGA